AUGAGACCGCGAAUAAAUGAAAUCGCGGUUAGUGAUUCCAUGGAUGGUGAGAUUCUAUCGUCCCUAUAUAUUUAUGUCUUGUUCUCUUAUUAUUGUUCCAUAUCUCUUUCUAUGUCACUCUUAAUCGAAAAUAGCAUCUUCCUCCUAUUUACUUUCUUUCACUGUGUUUUCCUUCCUUUUUCUUGUCUUUCUUCUCGUUUUUCUGUCAUCUAUCUAUCUAUCUAUCUAUCUAUCUAUCUAUCUAUCUAUCUAUCUAUAUCUGUUCAUUAUCUAUCUAUCUAUUUAAGUAUGAACCUAAAGCCUACAACAUCAAAACAUGACCAUGUGACCAAAAAAAUACUCUAUCUGUCUGUCUGCUAUCUAUCUAUCUUGGUCUGUUCAUAUCAAUUUAUCUAUUUCAAUCUGCUCACAUCUAUCUAUCUAUCUAUCUAUCUAUCUAUCUAUCUAUCUAUCUAUCUAUCUACUACAUACCUACUUACUAGAUCAAUUUGUUCAUUAUCUAUCUAUCUAUCUAUCUAUCUAGUAUCCUAUCUAUCUAUCUAUCUAUCUAUCUAUCUAUCUAUCUAUCUAUUUUUUUCAGUUCGGUUAACUGUUGUAGACCCCGAGGCCUGUGAUCCAAUCAAAAAGUCCAUUUUAAAACAGUCUCAUCAGCUUUAA